AUGGCUCAGCCGGCCGGCCCCACGGGCGGCGGGGAGCCGGCGGGAGGCGAGGGGCCUGCAGAGCCCGGGACGGCCGCCGGAGCGACCGGGGGCCCGCGGGACGCGCUGAGCCUGCAGGAAAUCCUGUGUCUCUACAACCAGCCCAUCAACGAGGAGCAGGCGUGGGCCGUGUGCUACCAGGGGUGUGCGCUGAACCCCACCGGCCACCACGAGCCCCACCCUGGGCUCCGUACCCCUAAUGCUGUGCUGGUGCUGAGCCCGCCUGGCCGGGACGAUGGUGAGAGUCUCCAGAGUCUGCUCCGGAGUUCAUGGGACCACGUGUUCGCUGCCUUUUGGCAGCAGUACCCGAAUCCUUAUAGCAAACGUGUCUUGAUGGAAGACAUGGUACAUCAGGUGACCCUUGACCAGAAGCUCCUGUCUUGGCUUCUCCUGACCAAGACCAAUAGGAUGCCCUGCUGGGCUGAGCGACUGUUUCCUGCCAAUGUUGCUCCCUCAGUGUACAUCCUGGAGGCCUCUAUUGUGGACCCACAGAAUCAGACCAUGGCCACGUUCACCUGGAACAUCAACCACACCCAGCUGAUGGUGGUGGAGGAACGAUGUGUUUACUAUGUGAACUCUGACAACAGUGGCUUGAUUGAAAUCCGUCGAGAAACCUGGGUCUCCUCUAGCUUAUUUGUUGUCUCCAGGGCUGUCCAGGAAUUUGGUCUUGCCUAGUUCAAAAGCAAUGUGACCAAGACUAUGAAAGGUUUUGAAUCCAUCUUGGCCAAGCUGCAGGCCAAAGAAGCCAAAGAGAAGGCAAAGGAGACAGUACUGGCAGCCACGGAGAAGGCCAAGGACCUCGCCAACAAGGCAGCCACCAAGAAGCAACAGCAGCUGCAGCAACGAUUUGUGUAG